AUGAUCGUUUAUAAAACACCGAACUUAAGAAAACCGAUAAAUUUUUUCAUCGCAAACAUGGCCUCAUCUGAUCUGCUGUAUCCAAUAUUCUCGAUAACUUGGACGCUAUCGAGGUUGCACACCAACUCGUUUCUUAUCGGUGGAAAGCUUGGUCAGGCGUUGUGUAAGCUGGCUUUCUUUGGCAACGUCUCCACUACUGUUUCGAUUGAGAAUCUGAUUCUGAUAGCAGUGGAUCGAUUUGGAGCCGUGGUAUUUCCACUCCGUUCACCACUCAUCAGAUCCAAGCUGUGUCCUUUCUUCAUUCUCGCUACAUGGAUAGUUGCUGUAGCUUUCAAUUCGCCAGACUUGUUCACUUUCGAUCUCGCCGAAUACCCAGAGGGAACCCGGUGUGUUGUGAAAGGGAAGAAAGCAUUCGGUGAGUUCUCAUCCUCUGCCAGUUUCCUACUAGCUUUCUACAUUCUGUUUGUAUACAUACCUGUGCUGUUGCUAGUCAUUCUUUACUCCAUCAUUGUUAUCAAGCUCAAGACACAGGCACAACAGGGUGAACAGUCAGCCAACACUCAGCAACAGCGGAACAGAAGAAACAGAAACGUGCUUCAGAUGUCCAUUGCCAUCGUAACAGCGUUUGUGUUUUGCUGGUUACCUUACUCUAUCAACUAUUUAAUCACAGAGUAUCAGGACAGGUUCACGCAUUUAUCGUGUAGUUUCUGGAUAUACUAUGAAGUCACCUUUUAUAUGGCUUUCGCGUACUGUGCUAUCAACCCAGUUAUCUGUUUCAUGUUUAACAGUAAUUACCGAAAAGCUCUUAAAAGACUCAUAAAAUGUUCUUUUGUACAGGCGUAGGUCGCAAAAAUGUGCUUUUUGUUGAUGAUGUUAAGAGUCAGAGGUUCGUGGAACAUGCGCGUGAAUAAAUGUAUCAUGAAUAUCAGUGUAUUUUUAGUAGUAAUUAUCUAAAAGCUCUUAAAAGACUCAUAAAAUGUUCUUUUGUACAGGCGUAAGACGCAAAAAUGUACUUUUGAUUGAAUAUGUUAAGGAACACUAGUGAAUAAAAAACACCACGACUGCCGUCGGCGCACUUAACUGAGGAUUUUAAAUAAGAUGUGUUCACUUUAAAUCUUCCAUGACGGCGAAAAGUGACAGUAUAGGCCUAGUAUUUUAAAAGGUUGGGUGGUAAAUAAAACUCAGGGACGGAUCUUUAGAAACGUUAUUGGGGCUGUAGGCUGGCGAAGUACAACUGUACAACUAACAACUGUUAAUUACUGCGGAACCGCUAAGUUAAGGGAAGAGGUUCUGCCGAGAAAAAAUAAACGAAUAAAAGGGACAAUUAUAAACAUCUGUUGAAUAUUGAGCGCCACCCUAACGUGUGACAGUAUUUUUGCGUCGUCAAAAGAAGCAAAGAAAAAAACUGCAUGUUUUUGUGGCACGUACGCCGUUCGCCCACUGCAAAAAAUACAAUCCAAAAAGUUAAACAGGAAAGUUAAGCGGCAAGGUGUUGUCUUUUACAUAAAAUCAAUUAAAUGAUAUUGCCCCUUCUAAAUGUCUUUUUAGACAUUUUGUCGCUUUAUAAAUUUUGAUCACCUAUGUUUAAAUACAUAAUGGGUGUAUUUCUACAUGCAAAUAAUAUGUAUCACACCAGUUUAAAAUGUCCACUCUUAUUGGUUUGUAAAUAUCUUCUCAAUCGAUUUCUAAAAACAACCAUUCAAUGGCUUUAAAGUAGCAUUCAUUAGUCUGUUCAGCUUGAAAAGACGGCCAUAUUGUUCUUAAUAACAACUAUUGUUUUCAGGCUUCUCAAGCUGAUAUAAAAAUUAAAGUUUAAAAAGUCGGAAUCUUAACUGAUUGCCGCGGUGAAUACUACGUUGUACAGAAGGAGCGCAGCAAACAUAAAACUCGACAAUGGGAAUGGAUUGAUCCAGUCUGGCAACUGCUUCAAACAGUUUGCCGAGAAACGACAGAACUACAAUUAUGGUCAUAAAUUGCUAGUGUUCGUAGUUAAAAAAAGAAUUUCCUGCGCUAGUAGUAAUAGUGGCUCAACCGGCUGGUAAUCAAUCACGGAGCAGUAUUCUAUUGUCUUCUCCAAAGGAGAACAAUGGAAACAAUGAAACUCAUUUAUUUUCAGUACUUUGAACCAAUCACAGAGCAGCAUGGGCAUUGACGUCAUUCAUGUAAUAGUCAGCAAAAGAACGUGUUAUAAUUUUCGCACGGGUCAGCCCCUUUUAUUUAUUUUUAUUUGUGGACCCGAUUUUGCAAAGGCAAAGAAAUCUACACAACACAGUAUUUCCAGUCAUCGCAAAUUAUUUUAUUCACCUCAAAGAUAGCCUCCCACGUAGACGUUCUUAGGGGUGCAGGAACGCGUGACGAACCCCUAAGAACGUCUGCGUGGGAGGCUACCUCAAAGAGUAUAUCAUUGUACACAAUAUACUGACUGGACAACCCAACCUUAACCCCCUUUAAGGUGAUAUUUAAAACAGGAAAUCGUUGUCACCAACUAAAUGAUUUGAAGGCUCCAUAUAUGAUAAUAAGCCGCUCCUAUAGCCAAUCACACAAAGACUUCUCAGGCAUUUAUAUGAGUUAAGCGGGGGAGUGGGGUUUCUUAUCAAGUGUCACAUGUAAUUGUAGUACCGGCAGAACUCGUAAAAAUCAAAGGGACUAAAAGAAGUAAGAAGACUUGUAUUUUUGUUGAAGAAGAACCUAUUAAUUCUUAGUUAGACUGGAAAACCCAAACUUAACCCCCUUUAAGGUGAUAUUUAAAAUAGGAAAUCGUUUUCACCAAGUAAAUGAUUUGAAGCUUCCAUAAUGCUAAUAAGCCUCUCCUAUAGCCAAUCACAAAAGACUGCUCAGGUAUUGAUAUGAGUUAAGUGGGGAAGUGGGGUUUCUUGUGAAGUGCUCAACACAUUAAAAUACAGUAACAGCCCUACACUAGUAAAGAAUUAAUAACAAUAAUAAUAAUAAUAACUUAUUAAUAAUAAAAACGAACAAUCCUGAUAUGUACCGUUAAGCAAUGAAAAUGCAAGCAGCAGAAGUUUUAGACUUGAUUUCCCUUAGCCUUAUUCGGUUCUCCUUUAUGUUUAAAAUUUGGUUGAUGCUCCUCUUACUCCUCGAACACAGGGGUUCCAGCCUCGCCCUUCGUGUUGUUUCCUUAGACAAGGAACUUCACUAUCCACGUUUUCUCUGUUCAUCCAGGUGUAUAAAUGGGCAACGGCGACAUACAGCUGGGGGGUAACCCUGAGAUGGACUAGCAUCCUGUCCAGAGGGGAGAAGCAAUACUUCUAAACAUGCUUCAUGCUGAGGAAACCGGGAUAAUCUCCGACCGUUUGGACCUUUGGCUCGUUCGCGCGUUAACCUUACGUUACCUUUAGAGGUCGCUGCAUGAUAAAUUAACUAAGGGAUAUUUUAUGAGGAUUCAGUGUUAGAUAUCACAAAGAUACAUUUAUUAAUUGUUUAAAUUUACGCUGCAUUUUCAACGUCUAAAAUAGUGAUUAAAAAAAACCUUCUCCUUUCAUGAAUUCGUUGUAAUGAACAACUCAAAAAAGACCGAUAAAUUGUGUAUUUCUUAUGUGAAUUCUUUACGCUUCUUCGGGAAUCGAUCUAAAAAUACUUUUCGUUGUGAUCUGAAUUUUGAGGAAAUUACCUAUCUAUCCUCCUUAUUUAUGGCGUUUUCAUCUAGUGUGUUAGUCUUUCCUUGUUGUCGAUCGAAGUUAAAGACUAAGUUAAGCAGUUGAUACUUUUUAAAUAAACAAAGAUAAAAAAAUAAUAAUGAUGGUAUUGAAUAUCUCCUAGUUAUUCUUAAGUGUAUAUGUUAAGAUUGACAUCUACUGUUGUAACUUCUGUUGUCUGGCACGUAUUGCCUUCUGUGAAAAGAUCUAUCCUUCCUGAAUUAGCCGCUUACCAAAUAACCACUUCAUUAAAAUAUGGAAGCUCAAAGAGGUCUGGAGUAAAUAGUCUGCACCGUUCCAUAAGAAACAAAAUUGACCCGUUCUGUCCGUAGUUAAUUUAUGCAAAAGUCUAGCCAAUUAUUUUCGAUUAACACCUUCUGUCGCAGGAAUUUUUUUUUGUCAUGUCCUUGUAUGAAUUUUUUUUAGGCCAUAGCAUGGAUAUCUUUUAGGGUUAAUUGGCGUGCAAGAAUUUUUUUCAUUUAAUUUCCCCUUGCGCGAAUUUUUUUUUUUUUACUUCGCCCCCCCCCCCCAAUAAGUUUUCUAAUGGUCCGUCCCUUAGUACCUUUCUCCUUGUUAUUGUUUAAAUUUUGUUCAAAUAAACGCCUCUUGGCUCAUUUAAUAAGCGCCGCUCUAUGAUAUUAUGUUUACAUUAGACGCCCUCGCUAAUAAAAAUCCUUUGUCUUGUAGACGCCCCCAUAAAAAUUAUUUCAAAAAUUAUUAGAAAUUAGCAAAAAAGAGCAAAAUCAUUCAAAUUAUUCAGUUGCCUGCUUGAUUAACAAGACUUUAAGCAUUGCAUCUUGUUCAGUGUUUUAAAGUUCCAUUUAAAAGUUCGAAUUGAUUAGAGAUGACAUUACAUUGACCCUGAACUAGGAUUCUGACAUAGAAGUUGAGAUUUGAACUGGCGCAGAUAAGGAUCUCUAGACAGCCUAUCUAGGCGGUAGCAAUUGAUAGACAGGAUAUUCCGCUAUUCAUAAGCUCUCGUGAUAUCAUUUUUUGUUGUUUAAUCAUCUGCUCAAUCGAAUUCUUAAUACAACCAACUGACCUAAAGGACGUGUUCUGGUUGGUUUAUAACAUACUAAUAUAAUACCCCAGUGUUCUGUCAAAAAGUCUGUUGGCGGAUAAUGCCGGAACAUUACAAUACAAAGAUAAUUUUUGAAGGCCUCAGAGGACAGUUGUGCUGUGACUUCGCAGGGGGCUUACAAUUGUCAAUAAAAGUUCUGACUCAAACAGCAUACCCAAUAUACAGAGUAGUAAUUCAAAGAUUCUUGACAGUAUAUGUAAAAUUCCGAAGAUACGUCCCUGAGCUAAGCAUGAACUGCAACGGCGAACGGAUCCAGCGGAUCUUGGAGCUGCUUAAAUUUUUCUGGGUUGAAAAUCGGAGGAACCGUUUCCUACUGUCUGAUCAUCAUCGUUUCACUGGUCGCAAAUUCUCUCAUUGUUAUCAUCGUUUGCGAAACGCCGAACUUAAAAAAACCGAUAAAUUAUUUUAUCCCAAACAUGGCCUCAUCUGAUUUGCUGUAUCCAAUAUUCUCGAUACCUUUUAAAUUGUCACUCUUGCACGCCAACUCGUUCCUUAUCGGUGGUAAGCUUGGUCAGGCCUUGUGUAAGCUCGUCCCUUUCUUUGGUGGCGUUUCCUUUUCCAUUUCGAUUCAGAAUCUGAUUCUGAUAGCAGUGGAUCGAUUUGGAGCCGUGAUGUUUCCACUCCGUUCCCCACUCAUCAGAUCCAAGCUGUGUCCCUUCUUCAUUCUUGCCACGUGGAUGUUUGCCAUAGUUUUUAUUUCGCCAGACUUGUUGGCCUUCGAACUGGUUGAAUAG